AUGACCAGCCUGCGUGAACGUCACGAUGAGCUACAGGAGUCCUUCACGACCGAGCUUAGGAAUGCCAUGGACAGCACACGAAACGAUUUGCAAGGCGCUCGAGCGGAAAACAGAGAGACUCUAGAAAAACUCGUCCGUGCCCAGCGAGAGCUGAAGAGUCUUGUGACGCAGAAUGCGGAGCUGGAGAAAACGCUGAAACGGACGGCAGAUAAUCUUGCCGAGUCGCGCGGCUCUAUGAUGCGAGGUUUCGAGUCGGACUUGAUGCGCAUUGCAGAGGAAAUUGCACACGAGUUGAUGACCCCUCAGAUUGAUUCGAAAUCUGCAGAGACCGCUGACCGUUUACGGCGGAUCAUGGGGUCCUUGAUAGAGCUCAAUAUGCGUAUAGAGAAGCAAGAAGAAUUGAUGAGCGAUCACAAACUGCAGAAGAACAUCCGAGGGCUUGUCGACGAAGUUAUACGCAGGAGCCUGGACGCUGACAGACUCGAGCACCGUGAGAUGAUAAGCCAACUUUAUAAGAAGAUGAACGAAGUUGUAAAUGCUAUGCAUUAUCCUAAGUAUUACUCACAUUCUCGGCUAGACUUGGGUGUUUGA